UCCACCAGAUGUUGAGCCUGCUGCAGUGAUUCGCUCCAGUUCAGCCACAAGAGCAUCGAGGCUGAUGUUGAGUGGGAAUCCACUUGAUCUCAAAGCUGCUGGAUGUGGUUGGAUGUCAGAGCUGCUUCAGAUAAUAUGAAGAGAAGGAGCACAUAUUGCAUCGGACAAGAGCCAGCUGUGUCAGAGGCUGGAGCAGUGUGCCACUGCCCGUGCAGGCCCGAACCCUGGCAGGAGAGUGACGGACACAGUGGACAGACAGUGUAUUGUUAGCGCUGCCAAAGAGCCUGGAGCAAACACCAGCGUCUAAAUGGCCGGAAAGUGACAUUUGCAGAUGCUGUCACGAAGAGCCCAAAGCGUUCUCGCCAGCCGUGAUGGGACACAGUAAGGCUGGGAAAAUGAUAAGAAAUCUUUACAGCGCUCGCUUUCAAUCACGGCACCAAAACCAGACAGCGGGGACGUCCAUUAUCUGAAAUUAAUGUCAGCUGUGUUGCAGAGGCAGCCUCAAGCUGCACCGCCAGAUCCAAGACAACCCAUGGGGGUGUGGCCUCACCGGUUCCUACACUGCUGCCACUGGUAACACCAGCCAAAUGACCAGCGAUGCCUUCUAAGGUCUCCUGCUUAUAUUUGCUGACAGUAGUUUGUUGGGCCAGCGCUCUGUGGUACCUGAGUGUGUCGCGCUCUUCCUCAUCCUAUGUGGGACAGCUGAACAUCCCCCUUCGCAAGGCGGCCAAGGGGAACAAGAACGGCACCUUCAGCAACAUCCGCACGCGGCCGCUCAACCCGCACGACUUUGACUACCUUAUCAAUGAGGCCAAGAAGUGCGAGUCGGAGCCUCCCUUCCUUGUCAUCCUCAUCAGCACCACCCACAAGGAAUUUGACGCCCGCCAGGCCAUCAGAGAGACAUGGGGCGACGAGAGCACAUUUCCAGACGUGCGCGUGGUCACACUCUUCCUGUUAGGCCGCAGCACCGAUGGCGUUCUCAAUGAGAUGGUGGAGCAGGAAAGUCAGAUCUUUCAUGACAUCGUUGUGGAGGAUUUUAUCGACUCUUACCACAAUCUGACGCUCAAGACCUUGAUGGGCAUGCGCUGGGUGGCCACCUUUUGCUCCAAGGCUCAAUAUGUCCUCAAGACGGACAGCGACAUAUUUGUUAACAUGGAGAACCUCAUCUACAACCUCCUAAAACCCACCACUAAACCCAGGAGGAGGUAUUUUACCGGCUACGUCAUCAACGGGGGGCCAAUCAGAGACAUGAGAAGCAAGUGGUACAUGCCGAGGGAUUUGUACCCAGAGAGCAAGUACCCCCCCUUCUGUUCCGGCACUGGUUAUAUCUUCUCGGCAGACGUGGCCGAGCUCAUAUACAAGACUUCGUUGCACACAAGGCUGCUGCAUCUGGAGGACGUUUAUGUUGGCGUGUGCCUGCGUAAGCUCAGCAUUCACCCGUUCCAGAAUAGUGGCUUUAACCACUGGAAAAUGGCGUACAGCCUUUGCCGCUACCGGCGGGUGGUCACCGUCCAUCAGAUCUCGCCUGAGGAGAUGCAUCGCAUCUGGAAUGACAUGACCAGCAAGAAACACCUUAAAUGUUAGCACGCGUGUUUGCAGCUGUGCCAGUGGACAAGUCAGGGAGGAGUUUAAUGCCUACUCAUCAACUGCUGGACAGCAACUUGCUGAAGGAACAAUUCCGGCAUCCAAGGCUACAUCUAUACUACCUUGCAUUUAAAGGGAUCUGCAUUUUCAGAUAACUACGCUCCAUUUCAGAAGUAAUCUGUGGCAAAUACUAAUACAUGACUCUGCGUGACCCUACCCAGACAGGCAAGCACCAAUUGGACCACAUGUGCCAACAGUGCUUUCUCCUUGUAUAGCACUACACUUUCCAGUCCAGUUGGUGGCGCACUCUUAUUUUGAUCAAUAAGACAAAGAAGAAGACAGUUACCAUGGAAACUUGCUCGGGCAUGUACAACUCAGCGCUCCAAGAGCACAAAGACAUACAAACUCCCAGUGAGAAAUCACCACAACUGGAAUAGAAUGUGAGAUCAAGUAUGCAUGUGUGGAAUGCUAGACUAGAUGUAGGCCCUUGCUUUAGUGUGGAAAACAUGGAGAAUAUGACGUGGCUCUUAAUAUCGAGAAACAACAAUAUUGAAAAGUAGAAGAAGGAUUUUAUUCAUUAGACUGAUGACCAGGUAUAACAGAACAGAGCAAGUGUGGAAGGCAUCUCCCCAGCAGGAUGUGCGCGUCUUUAAAUGAAAAACGGAGUAGUAUGGAUGUUUGCCUGGAGUCUCUGUAGUGCAAGACCAACACAAACUGACUUCAAGUUUGAGCACAAGGUUGGAAAUGUUUUCCAAAGAUGUGCAACGUGUUCAGGUGGUUUCUUGAAAUUGCCAGCAGCACCUUUUGUUUUUACUGGAAAUUACAAAGCAGGAGGAUCAGAGCCUUGCGUUCACUUGUACAAGAUACACAUCAUCCCCAGCUGCUAAAUAUGAAAUCACACAAAUGCCAGCACACCUUUGAACCUGUGCCCCCGCCCCCUCCCCCUUGCAUCGAUCACAAGCUCUAAUUAUGAAUGUCCCUGAUGUAUUUUCAGUUUGCUGCACUCUCUGAACAAGUUGUUAAUGUUGGAUGUACUGUCUGGUACCGUCGCGGCUGUCAUCACCAUAAGGACCACGGCCGAGCUCGUGAUGUGGAGACUCAUUUGAAACGUGUGUUAUCAUUCAUGGGCAGACUUGUUCUUAACAAAAACACAUACAGUAUUUUCUUACAACAGAUCCGUGGAUCUUUGUGAACAUUUCUUCAGACGGUGUGAAGAUAACGGCUGCUCACAUUCCCAGGUGAAUGUUCCUUCUGUUUAAGUGUAAAGUGUGGUUAUUUGUCUCAGACACUGUCAUGUGCUGUUGUAGUCUGCCUCCAGACUAUUAUAUUUUCUAUUACUUGAACAGGAAGGAGAAUAGAUUUACUUGGUGGAAGUGUGCCGAUGACAAAUAUCACCGUUUUGAGUGCUUUCUUCUUUUCAAUUACUUGAGAUUAAAUAAACCACUUUCAUAAGA